AAGCCAUGUAUUCCCCCUCCCUCAACCUUCUGUCACUACUUCAGUGCACUCAUUUUCUUACAACCGCAACAUCCUGACUGCAAAAGCAGAACUGAUCACCACCCUGCCCCAGCCAUGGUUUUCCUGUCUGUCUAAGAAGCACGGAAGACUGUUUAUUCAAGUUGUGCUGAUGGAUGAGCGGUGCCCGAAGGAAGACGGAUGAUGAUUUCAUACUGUCCCAUGUGUGGAAAACCGGUCUACUUUGCUGAGAGGAAGCGUUCUCUAGGCAAAGACUACCACCCUCUUUGUCUGAAGUGCUACCACUGCAAACGGCAACUCAGCCCUGGCCAGCAUGCCGAGUAUGAUGACAAACCCUACUGCACUCAUUGUUAUCUUCAGCGCUUUGGACCAAGAGGAACAAGACCUUCAACAUCUCGCUCAGCCAUUGGCGCAUCUUCUUCUAAGGUUCUAGCAGAAAUCCGGAAAGGCUCUUAGAUGUCCAUCCUUUGUUACAUCGAGGAAGAACGUUGUAUGAAACGAUAUUUAAGAUAUACAUUUUAAUGUGUUGUCAAAGGCUUUCAUGGCCAGAAUCACUGGGUUGCUUUGAGUUUUUUGGGCUGCAUGGCCAUGUUCCAGAAGCAUUCUCUCCUGAUGUUUCACCUGCAUCUAUGGCAGGCAUCCUCAGAGGAUGUGAGAUCUGUUGGACACUAGUUUAGAAAAAACAGACAAGAGUUCUUUCUCCUACCCUGGACUUUCUACAGAUAUAUAAACCCCACUAGCCUAGUUUCCAACAGACCUUACAACUCUGAGGAGCCUGCCAUAGAUGUGGGCAAAACGUCAGGAGAAAAUGCUUCUAGAACAUGGCCAUACAUUUUAAUUAUUUCACUUCAGUAUAAAUUGUCUAUAGCUCCAUAAGUGCUGAAUCAGAGUGACCUGAAAAUUAUGGAUAAUUUUCUGGAAAGGUGAUAUAGCUGUAGAUUCUAUAUAUUACAGUUAUGCUUUUGUAUUGGACAAUGUGUCUAUUUUAAGAAGAAAGUGAACAUGUUUUGCUAUUUGAUCCACUCUUAAUAUGAUUUUGGUAUGUAAAAGGAAACAAUAGAGCCAGAAGGUGUAGAAUGAAUUGUUAUUAAUGUUGUGGGAAUGUACAUUUCUAAAAACAGGAUAAAUGUAUUCCUCUCAAUUGAAAACAUGUAUAUAUGGGAUACAUGUGACAACUGGUAACAUUACCACAUUUUAUUACAACCCCAGAAGGUAGGCAGCAAUAAUAACUGUUUUAUAGUAAAGCAUUUCUACAUUUUUGGAAAGAAAAAAAUUAAGAUGAGAUCCAUCCAUAUCUUUUUGCAUAAAACACAACCUGUUUAGAAAUAGUAUAGUUGGUUUGCUUGUGCCAUAUUAAGACUAAUUUUAAAAUGUCUUGGAAAAAAGAAUCAAGUGUAAUGAAUUGUAACAAAAUGGCAUUGUGUAUUUUAACUGACUAAAAGGUAGUGAAAAUAAAUACCAAUCUAUACAAACGGACAGCUUCCAACAAUGGAGACACACCUAUCAUUGUUAAAGGCAGGAGUUGUGACUUUGCUAAGUUAUAGUUAAUGUUGGUGGGCUACAUGCUUGUUGGAAAAUGGUGAAUAUCCUUAAUUUGUAUUAAAUUAGGAAACUUGAUCAUUCGGUGUAUGCUGACAAUAUGUACAAUAAAUCUCUGAUGAACUUCA